AUGGUUCUUGCUGCUCGUUGUGGGCAGGCGGCGGCGCUGCUGCGCCAGCGAUGCCUCAUUGAGGCUCGCCCAGCUCUCUCUCUCCGCACUUUCACCUCUCAGUCCUCCAUUCGCUCGACGGCCUCGACCCUGCGCCUGCAGAAGCUCCCCUCCGCGGGCCGCUCCCAGCAGCUGCGCGCCUUCUCCAGCACCCUGAACCGUCUGGCUGAGGCUCAGAAGGCCCCUUCGUCCGAGUCUUAUCUCGCCAGCGGCGCGAUUAAGCCCGGCAGCAACCUGGUCGAUGUGAAGAAGGUCCUGGUCAUUGGUAGUGGUGGUCUGAGCAUUGGUCAGGCUGGAGAGUUCGAUUAUUCCGGCUCCCAGGCCCUCAAGGCCCUAAAGGAGGCCGGCGUCCAGUCGGUCCUGAUCAACCCCAACAUUGCGACCAUCCAGACCGACCACAAGCUGGCCGACGAGGUCUACUAUCUUCCUGUGACCCCCGAAUAUGUCACCCACGUCAUUGAGCGGGAGCGCCCUGAUGGUAUCCUUCUGACCUUCGGUGGUCAGACCGGUCUGAACCUGGGUGUUCAGAUGAAUCGCAUGGGUAUCUUCGAGCGCUACGGCGUCAAGGUCUUGGGUACUAGCAUCAAGACUUUGGAGACUAGUGAGGACCGUGAUCUUUUCGCCCAGGCGCUGAAUGAGAUCAACAUCCCCAUUGCCGAGUCUGUUGCUGUUGGUACCGUCGACGAUGCCCUGAAGGCCGCUGAGGAGGUCGGUUACCCCAUCAUCGUCCGUUCCGCCUACGCUCUUGGUGGUCUAGGCUCCGGUUUCGCCUCCAACCCGGACGAGCUCCGUGACCUGUCUUCGCGGUCGCUGUCUCUCGCUCCUCAGAUCCUGGUCGAGAAGUCCCUCAAGGGCUGGAAGGAGGUCGAGUACGAGGUCGUCCGUGAUGCCUCCAACAACUGUAUCACUGUUUGUAACAUGGAGAACUUCGACCCUCUCGGUAUUCACACCGGUGAUAGUAUCGUUGUUGCUCCUUCUCAAACUCUGUCUGAUGAGGAGUACCACAUGCUCCGUACCGCUGCCAUCAAGAUCGUCCGCCACCUUGGCGUUGUUGGCGAGUGUAACGUUCAGUACGCUCUCCAGCCUGAUGGCCUCGACUACCGUGUCAUUGAAGUCAACGCUCGUCUCUCUCGCUCGUCUGCUCUGGCCUCCAAGGCUACUGGUUACCCUCUCGCCUAUACCGCAGCCAAGAUCGGUCUCGGCCACACCCUGCCCGAGCUCCCCAACGCCGUCACCAAGACCACUACCGCCAACUUCGAGCCUAGCCUGGACUACAUUGUCACCAAGAUUCCUCGUUGGGAUCUGAGCAAGUUCCAACACGUCAACCGUGACAUUGGCAGUGCCAUGAAGUCGGUUGGUGAGGUUAUGGCUAUUGGUCGUACCUUUGAGGAGUCCCUCCAGAAGGCUAUCCGCCAGGUUGACCCUAAGUACCUAGGCCUCCAGGGUGAUCACUUCGAGGAUCUUGAUGACGUCCUGCAGAAUCCUACUGACCGCCGUUGGUUGGCUGUCGGUCAGGCUAUGCUCCACGAGGGCUACUCUGUUGAUAGGGUUCACGAGCUGAGCAAGAUCGACAAGUGGUUCCUGUACAAGAUCCAGAACAUCGUUGACUGCAACAACGAGCUGAAGGAGAUCGGCAGCCUGUUCGGCAUCACUGCUGAGACCAUGAUGAAGGCGAAGAAGCUCGGCUUCUCUGACAAACAGAUCUCUCUGCUGGUUGGUGCCUCUGAAGAUGAUGUCCGCGCUCGCCGUAAGUCCUUCGGCAUCACCCCUUGGGUUAAGAAGAUCGAUACCCUGGCUGCUGAGUUCCCUGCCGACACCAACUACCUGUACACCACCUACAACGCCACCUCGCACGAUGUCACCUUUGAUGACCACGGCACGCUCAUCCUUGGUAGCGGUGUGUACCGUAUUGGCAGCUCCGUCGAGUUCGAUUGGUGCGCUGUCAACGCCACUCUCUCUCUCCGCAGUAUGGGCAAGAAGACUGUGAUGAUCAACUACAACCCCGAGACUUACUCCACUGACUUCGAUACCGCUGACAAGCUGUACUUCGAGGAGCUGAGCUACGAGCGUGUGAUGGAUAUCUACGAGCUCGAGAGUGCAAGCGGUGUUGUUGUCUCUGUCGGUGGCCAGCUGCCCCAGAACAUUGCUCUGCGUCUCCAGGAGAGUGGUGGCGCAAAGAUUCUGGGCACCAACCCCCAGGACAUUGACAAGGCUGAGGACCGUCACAAGUUCUCUCAGAUCCUGGACAGCAUUGGCGUUGACCAACCUGCCUGGAAGGAGCUGACCUCCGUUGCCGAGGCUGAGCAGUUCGCUGAGACUGUUGGCUACCCCGUCCUGGUCCGCCCUUCGUAUGUCCUGUCCGGUGCCGCCAUGAACGUCAUCUACAGUGUUGAUGAGCUUAAGGAGAAGCUGCUCAACGCCAGCGCCGUUUCCCCCGACUACCCUGUGGUUAUCACCAAGUUCAUUGAGGGUGCGGAGGAGAUUGACGUUGACGCUGUCGCUUCCAACGGUAACCUCCUGCUCCACGCCGUCAGCGAGCACGUCGAGCCCGCUGGUGUCCACUCUGGCGAUGCCACCCUGGUCUUGCCUCCCGCCAACCUCGAUGAGUCCAUCAUGGCCCGCGUCAAGGAGAUCGCCGAGAAGGUCGCCAAGGCCUGGAACAUCACCGGCCCCUUCAACAUGCAGAUCAUCAAGGCCAACCAGGAGGGUGCCGAACCCCAGCUGAAGGUCAUUGAGUGCAACCUGCGUGCCUCUCGUUCGUUCCCCUUCGUCAGCAAGGUCCUGGGCACCAACUUCAUCGACGUCGCCACCAAGGCCCUUGUCGGCCGUGAUGUUCCCGAGCCCGUUGAUCUGAUGAAGGAGAAGCGCAACUACCUCGCCACCAAGGUUCCCCAGUUCUCUUGGACCCGUUUGGCUGGCGCCGACCCCUUCCUGGGUGUCGAGAUGGCCAGUACCGGUGAGAUUGCCUGUUUCGGUAAGGACCUGGUCGAGGCCUACUGGGCCUCCCUCCAGGCUACCAUGAACUUCCGCAUGCCCGAGCCAGGUGAGGGUAUUCUGCUCGGCGGUGACACCACCCAGCCUUACCUGGCCACCAUCGUCGAUUACCUGAACCCGCUCGGCUACAAGUUCUACGCCGCCAACCCCGAGGUCAAGGCUCACAUCGAGUCUACCUGCAAGGACAACGUCUCCGUCCAGGUCAUCGAGUUUCCCAAGAAGGACAAGCGUGCUCUCCGUGAGGUCUUCCAGAAGUACGACAUCCGCGGUGUUUUCAACCUGGCCAAGACCCGUGCCAAGACCCAGCUGGAUGAGGACUAUGUCAUGCGCCGCAACGCUGUCGACUUCAGCGUUCCUCUGUUCAUGGAGCCCAAGACCGCUCAGCUCUUCGCUCAGUGCAUGAACGAGAAGCUCCCCCGCACCGAGGGUAUCCCCACCGAGGUCCGCACCUGGUCUGACUUCGUGGGCGGAAAGCUGCUGUAA